AUGCAUUUUCUGCCUCUCCUUCUUGCCGGUGUUGCGGCUGCCGCUCCGUCCCCGGUCCUUAGCGUUCAGCCUGCCCCGCCCCCGUCAACCAUCAAGAUUCUCAAUGUCACCGCCAUUGGAAGCGGCUGCCCUGUUGGUCACGCCUUUGUGAACGUUGACGCUACUGGAACCAUCUUCGACGUGGCCUUUGAUCAAUACGUCGUCACCGUUGGUCCUGGCAGCUCUGCCUCGGACAGCCGCAAGAACUGCCGCGUCAGCAUCAACCUCUCGUUCCCUGCUGGCUACCAGUUCUCCAUCAUCGAGACCCGCUUCCAGGGCUAUGCCAGCCUGGCGGACGGCCAGACGGGCGUGUGCCGCGCCGGCUACACCUUCUCGGGCGACAGUAGCCAGGAGGUGGUAUUCCAGAAGAACCUGGUGGCGCCGUACGACGACAACUACAACCUGCUCGCGGGCGUCGGCAUCGAGUCUUUCUCCAAGUGCGGCACCACAGCCAUCCUCAACGUGAACUCCGAGGUCCGCAUCACGCCUAUUACAAGCCCUAGUAAGGGCGCCAUGACGAUUGACUCGUUUGAUGGAAACGUCCAUGUCAUCUUCAAGACCAACUGGAAGACGUGCAAAUAG